ACAGCUCACUCACUAUCAAAUUACAUCAAGUAUCAACCUAACAUAGUUCAAAAUGAACUAAAUUGCAUUACAUUAACAAAAAGUUACAAAGUAAACAAAAAAUCAGCAGCUACAUUUGCAUCAGCAGCUUCUGCAUGGCUCGGGCUGGGUGGUCAGCUUCUUGACUGCAUGUGCUGCAUGGUGACCAACUUCAACAGGACAUCUCCAAAAUGCGUAGCGGAAUUAUUAUGCAAAUUUUCGUACAGCUACAUAGUUAAUGAACAAGAAAAGAAAUCAUUCACUUCGUCCAGGCCGAAUAGAGAUUCCCAUAACCCUUUGAUAACAGUACAAUCGCGCAGUAUAUGAACAACAGUCUCCAGGGAAGCUCCGCACAUGAAGCAUGUAGGGUCAUCUGCUAUACCUCAUCUGCAUCUCUCAGCUGAGGUUCCUUUUACCGUCCUCAUCUGCAUACCACGUUAUUAUUUUGUUUUGGUAACGAUUAGGAGGUGGCGUGUUUCAUGUGUUCUAAUAUUUAAUGCAACCUAAGUCGAAUAAUUGGUGUACAAAGAAAAAGUCCAAUAAAUGAUAAAGCAUCCGCAUGGAGACAAUUAGGUGGCUCAUCAUGUCCCUUCUCUCCUUCACUUUUUAGCUGUAUCCACCAAAAACAUUUCAAACUUUUUCUUUUUUGAACAUACAAUUGAAACUUACUUACUUCUACAUUGAGUUUCCUUUUCUCAAAUUACUACUUGCUUUACUCCAUUAAGGGAAAUUAUUAUUUCGAUCGUUCAAAACUGGGAGAAUUCAUCGCUCAAUCAUUCUCUUAUAUUUUGGAAAGUUUACUUGCUGUUUGCUCUCUCAAUGGAGUUCGUUAUUGGCAUCGUUAGCUCUAUUUUCACUACAGCUGCAGAGUAUACGAUUUCUCCUAUCAUAAACCAUGUCAAAUACCUUUCCAAUCAUCAGCAAAAUGUUAAGACCCUCAAGGACCAAGCUGAGAAGCUGAAAGAUGCAAGGGACAGAGUGCAGCAUUCUGUUGAUGCAGCUCAACGAAACGGCGAAGAGAUCGAACGUGAUGUUAACAACUGGAUGUCGGCAGUGGACAGGAAGAUCCCUCAACAAGUAGAGAAAGUGAUGCAAGAUGAAGAAAAAGCAAAGAAAAAGUGUUUCAUUGGUUUGUGUCCUAAUUUUUGGACUCGUUACAAGCAUAGCCUGAAAGCUGCAGAGGAGGCGAAGGCUGUUGCCGAGCUACUUGAACAGGGCAAGUUUGACGGUGUUUCUUAUCCUGUACCUUUACAGAAUAUCACUGUCCCACCAGUUAAAGGUUACGAGGAUUUCGAGUCAAGAACGUUGGUUUUGAAUGAAAUAAUGGAGGCAUUGAAAGAUGAUAGCGUCAGCGUUAUUGGGGUGCACGGUAUGGGCGGCAUUGGAAAAACAACGCUAGUAAAAGAAAUCGCUACAAAGGUCAAGGACAAGUUGUUUGAUUCGGUUGUCAUAGCAACAGUAACUCAAACCAUUGAUAUUGAGAAAAUUCAGAACAGAAUUGCGGAGUUAUUGGGUUUGAAAUUUGAGGAGCAGAGUACCGAUGUAAAGGCACUUCGACUACGAGAAAGAUUGAAGAAAGAAAAGAGGGUUCUGGUUGUCUUGGAUGACAUUUGGGGGAAGGUUGAUAUUGAGGAAGUAGGGAUUCCUUUGGGAGAUGAACACAAGGGCUGCAAAUUACUAUUAACUUCUAGAGAGCUCAAUGUUUUAUCAAAUGGGAUGGAUGCUCAAAAACAUUUUUCCAUUAGGCUUCUAAAUGAAAAGGAGGCCUGGGACCUGUUCAAGAAGAAGGCUGGCGAUUGUGUUGAAAGUUGCGAUUUGAAGCCUACAGCUAUGGAGGUAGCCAAAAAAUGUGCAGGAUUACCGAUAGCCAUUGCGACAGUUGCAGGGGCUUUGAGAAACAAAAGAUUGUUUGAGUGGAAGAAUGCUUUACGAGAACUAGAGAGGCCUUCAUCAAGCAACUUCACGGGGAUAACUGCAGCAUAUUCAGCUAUUGAGUGGAGUUUUAAUUAUUUAGAAAGUGAGGAAGUUAAGCUGACUUUCUUGCUUUGCUGUGUAAUAGGCCAUAAUGGUCUGGUUGAGAAGUUGAUGAGAUAUACUGUGGGUUUGGGUUUAUUUGGUGGUGUCAACACUGUGGAAGAAGCUAGAAAUAAUGUAUUGACAGUUGUGACUAAUCUCAAAGCGUCUUCCUUGUUGCUUGAUAGUUAUGAUGAUGAGCACUUUGAUAUCCAUGAUGUUGUUUGGGAUGCUGCUUUAGCUAUUGCAUCGAGGGACUACCAUAUGCUUGUUUUGAGAGAUCAUGUUCCGAUGGAGUGGUCCGAUAAGGAGAAAAUGAACAGCUGGAGGAGGAUAAGCUUAACUUGUCCUCCAAUUAUAGCCGAGCUUGCUAAGGAGUUGGACUGUUCAGGUCUUUCCUUUUUCCGUAUGACCCAUUAUGGUUCAGUGGAAAUUCCUCCCGACUUUUUCAAACGAAUUGAAAGUCUUAGAGUCUUGGAUUUACCUCACGGACCUUCAUUUUCCUACCCACGGGAGUCAAUUAACCUACCUGAGUCAAUUAAUCACCUCAUAAAUCUUCGCAUGUUGUGUUUAAGAGGAUGUCUAGUUAAAGACAUAACAAUCAUUGGAGAGCUCAAAAAUUUAGAAAUCCUUGACCUUGCCUUCACAGGGAUCAAAGAAUUACCCAAGAAGAUAGCACAGUUGAGUCGGUUAAGGUUGUUAGAUUUGAGUGGGUGUAGAGCACUAAAAAUCAUUCCGCCAAAUGUCUUAUCAAGUUUGUCUAAAUUAGAAGAAUUAUAUAUGGAGGGAAGCUUUGCUGAAUGGGAAAAUGAAGGAGUAGUCGGCAACGAAAGGAGAAAUGCACGUCUUGAUGAAUUAAACAAUUUGUCUCGUCUAACUACUUUACAUGUUAAUAUUCCUAAUGUUCAAAUGAUUCCAAAGCAUGGAUUCAUUGACACAUUGGAUAGAUAUAAGAUUCUCGUAGGUGAUUAUCCUGAAGUCGAGUGGUAUUCAAAAUAUGAAUAUUCGAGAACAUUGAAGCUCAAGAUAUACAAAAACAUUUCUUCGAGCAAUGGGGUGAAAAUGUUGCUGAAAAGGAGUGAAGAUUUGUAUCUUGACUUAAAGGGACUUGAAGGCAUCAAGAGUGUACUUGCGGAGUUAAAUAAUGGACAAGAAUUUUUAAAUUUAAAGAGAGUUGAUGUAAUUAUCAGAAUGGAGGAGUAUUCCACAAGUUCCGAGCCGGUACCUCUUUUCAUUAAACAGACAAGUCUUUGGAUUUCGAAUUUGAGGAGGUUGAUCAUCAAUGGAUGCGGUAACUUGGAGCAUCUGUUAUCACCCUCUGUCGCCAGAAGGCUGGAGCAGCUCCAAUGCAUUGAGAUAGCGGAUUGCAAGUGCUUAAGGGAGAUAAUAUUUACAAAAGAAAUAUUAGAAGAAGAAGAAAGGGAAGAUGUGAUUUGUUUCCCUCGAUUAAACUCCUUGCGUAUGGAUUGCCUUCGAAACCUCAUCUUCUUCUGCUCAGGAAAUUAUAAUAUCGAAUUCCCUUUGUUGAAAGAGCUAGAAAUUGAGGAUUGCCCGAAAUUAGAAAAAUUCAUUAGUGAAAGCAGUACUGAGUCUGGCAUGCAUACUCUCUUCAAUGAGAAGGUUGCUGUUCCUAGCUUGGAAACGAUGACAAUCUCCAAGUUGAGAAAUGUGAAGAUGAUAUUUCAUACUGACCUACCACCAAAUUCUUUUCAAUCUCUACGAAAAUUAAGUGUUUCAAACUGUGAGAUUUUGAAAAAUGUAUUUCCAGCGUCAAUAGCUAAACAUCUUUUACAACUUGAAGAUUUAAGCAUAAGUGAUUGUGGGGUGGAGGAGAUUGUAUCGGAAGGGAAAGGAGUGGAAGAUCAGCCUGUUAGGUUUGAGUUUCCCAAAGUGUCUUCACUUGAGGUUACAUCCCUAAAAGAGCUCAAAUGUUUCUAUAAAGGGCAACAUACAAUCGUGUGGCCAAUGUUGAAAAAAUUGACCACAGAAGGUUCUGGUUUGCUAAUGAUAAUGGGUUUAGAAGCUGUUGGAAUCCAAGAAAGAAAGGGAAAUGGGGAGGCAGUUUUGGUGGUGGAAGAGGUCUUUCCCAAUUUAGAACAACUUCAGUUACGACAUCUUAGUGUUGGGGACCAGUUUCCACCGAAUUUGUUUCACCACGUUAAAGUUCUUAAAGUGAAUGGUGGCUUCUAUGGUGGAUUUCCUAUAUUUCCUUUCCUGAGAAAAAUCUGCAAUCUGGAAAGUCUUGAUCUUGAGUUUUUUAGUUUCAGAGAUGGACUCCCUUGUAAGGGAGACGUUGGGACUCCGUCACGAAUAAAAAAAUUGAACUUGUACAAUCUCAGAAAUCUGCAGCGUAUGUGGAGGAAAGAUUCAGAGCUUGGCAAUAUUCUUUCUGAUCUCCAAACACUCACAGUUUAUUGGUGUCAUGAUUUGAUCAAUAUUGGAGCCUCCUCAUUAUCUUUUAAAAAUCUCACAACUUUAAAGGUGUCAAAUUGCGCAAUGAUGACAAACUUAGUUACACCCUUAAUAGUUGAGAGUCUUGUGCAAUUAACAACAAUGGAGGUAAGCGAGUGCACUAAAAUGACAGAAAUAGUGGCACACGAGGGAGACUACCGUCAAACAAUAGUUGUUGGUAAAUUGAAAUGCUUGAAACUAAAGGAACUACAAAGCCUCACAAGCUUUUGUCCUGGAAGUUACACCUUCAACUUUCCUUGUUUGGAAGAAGUAGUUGUGGUAAUAUGUCCUAAAUUGAAGAUCUUUUCUGAGGGAGAUUUAAACACCCCACAAUUACAGAGUGUAAAACAGGAUAGUCUCAAUAUGAACAGGUGUUGGGCAGGUGACUUGAAUACCACCAUACAACUGUUGUACAUAAAUAAGGGUGGAUUUUAUGGCCCACAUAAAUUGACCAUCUCUAACACGUUUCCCGAGUCGAUAGAAAUAUGGAAAAAAAACCCUCGAGCUAUUUUGGAGUUGAAGAACCUUAGCCAAAUGAAGUUUUAUAGAUGUAGCAGCUUGAAAUACAUUUUUUCCUUGUCUAUGCUUUUGAGCCUCAAGCAAUUGGAAAGGAUAGAAGUACAAGAAUGCCAUACAGCGGAACAAGUGAUUACGGAAGACGAGGAGGACGCAACAACACAUGAGUUCACAUUUCCUCGGCUCUAUUCGAUAGAAAUAUAUUCGUGUUUCAACUUGAAAAAUUUUUAUUUGGGAAGUCGAGCUCUUGAAUUUCCAAAGUUGAGUGAUAUUACGAUAACUUGGUGUCCAAAACUGACGGCAUUAUCUUCUUCAAUUUCAAGAAAGAGUGAAAAAGUGAUUGGCGAGCAAGGAGUGAGAGAUAAUACUACAGCUUUAUUCUGCCACAAGGUUGUUGUUCCUAGCUUGGAAACCAUGACGAUCUUCCAGUUGAGAAAUGUGAAGAUGAUAUUUCAUAAUGACCUACCAUCAGAUUCUUUUCAAAAUCUACGAAAAUUAAGAGUUUCAGAGUGUGAGAGUUUGAAAAAUCUAUUUCCAGCGUCAAUAGCCAAACAUCUUCUACAACUUGAAGAUUUAAGCAUAAUAAAAUGUGGGGUGGAGGAGAUUGUAUCAGAAGGGGAAGGAGUAGAGGAGCAACCUAUGAGGUUUGAGUUUCCCAAAGUGUCUUCACUUGUGGUUGAGGACUUAAAAGAGCUCAAAUGUUUCUAUAAAGGGCAACAUACAAUGGUGUGGCCCAUGUUGAAAACAUUGAGGACAGAUUGUUCUGCUUUGCUAAAGAUAGUGGGCUUAGAAGAUGUUAGAUUAAUGCAAGGAAGAAAGGGAAAUGGGGAGGCAGUAAUGUUGACAGAAGAGGUCUUUCCCAAUUUAGAACAACUUCGGUUACGAGAUCUUAGUGGUGAUGUGGACCAGUUUCCACCCAACUUGUUUCCCCACAUUAAACUUCUUAAAGUGCAUCAUGGUGGAUCUCCUUCUAUAUUUUUUUUCCUCCGAAGAUUCUACAAUCUGAAAAGUCUCGAGUUUGAUGAUUUUGAUUUCAAACAUGUAGUCCCUUGUAAGGGGGAUGUUGGGACUCUCUCACCAAUAAAAAAUCUGCAAUUGACUUCUUCCAAAAAUCUUAAGCAUAUAUGGAAGAAAGAUUCGGAACUUGGUUAUUUUCUUUCUACUCUCCAAACACUCACAAUUAAGAAUUGUGAUGAUUUGAUAAAUAUUGGAGCCUCAUUCCAAAAUCUCACAACUUUGGAAGUGUCAUAUUGCAAAAUAAUGACAAACUUAGUUACACCCUUAAUAGUUGAGAGUCUUGUGCAAUUAACAACCAUGGAGGUAAGCAACUGCACUAAAAUGACAGAAAUAGUGGCACACGAGGGAGACUACCGUCAAACAAUAGUUGUUGGUAAAUUGAAAUGCUUGAAACUAAACGAACUACAAAGCCUCACAAGCUUUUGUCCAGGGAGGUACACCUUCAACUUUCCUUGCCUGGAAGAAGUAGAUGUGGAAGGGUGUCCUAAAUUGAAGAUCUUUUCUGAGGGAGUUUUAAGCACCCCACAAUUACAAAGUGUAAAACAUGGGAUUUUCUAUAAUAAAGAGUGUUGGGCAGGUGACUUGAAUACCACCAUACAACAGUUGUACAUACAAGAGGGACGAUUCUAUGGCCGAAGUGAUUUGACCAUCUCUGAUACGCUUCCCGAGUCGAUAGAAACAUGGAAAAAACAUUCUCGAGCAAUUUUAGGGUUGAAGAACCUUAGCCAAAUGGAGUUUUAUAAAUGUAGUAGCUUGAUGUACAUUUUUACUCCCUCUAUGCUUUUGAGCCUCAAGCAACUAAUUAGGAUAGAAGUACAAGAAUGCAGUAUAAUGGAGCAAGUGAUUAGGGAAGACGAGGAGGAAGCAGCGACACAUGAGUUCACAUUUCCUCUGCUCUACUCUGUAAAAAUGGAGUCGUGUUCCAACUUGACAAAUUUUUAUUUGGGAAGUCGAACUCUUGAAUUUCCAAAUUUGAGUGGUAUAACGAUAAUUAAUUGUCCAAAAAUGAUGGCAUUAUCUUCUUCAAUUUCAAGAAAGAGUGAAAAAGUGAUUGGCGAGCAAGACGUAGAAGAUAAUACAGCCGCUUUAUUCUGCGACAAGGUUGUCAUUCCCGAAUUGAUGGAACUGAAUUUGUCCUCCAUUAACAUUCAUAACAUAUGGCACCACUCAUCUUCCUCAUCUCUCAAAGACUUGUAUCGCUUGCGGGUGGAAGGGUGUCACAAUUUGAAAUACCUGUUUCCCUCUUUCUUACUAAAAGAUCUUGUGGAACUCGAAGAGCUUGAAAUUAAGGACUGUAAUAUGAUGGAACAAGUAAUUUUCACGGAUGGAUUGGGUGCAGAAGAUCCAGAGAGGAAUCAUACGAUUUUCUCUAAACUACAGUGGCUGUCGCUGAAAAACCUUCCCAAACUCACAAGUUUCUACUUUCAAAAUUACUCUGAAUUCCCAUGCUUAAAAAAGCUAACGCUAAAAAAAUGUCCUCUGCUGAAAACAUUCAUCUCUAAAUCUGUCUGUGGAGAUGAACCUCAAAUUCGCCAACCUACACAAACAAAUGACUCUGCUGUCCUCAAUGAAAAGGUUGUUUUCCCUCGUCUGAAGAAGCUGAGGAUUCAGAAUUGUGAUUCGUUAGAAGAAAUAAUUGAGCUGCAAGGACUCAUUGCCAAUGAAUCACAGUCAACAUCAGCUACUCGGUCUACAAUGGCAGAAACAGUGACGACCAAGUUUGUAUUUCCCGAUGUAAAGCACCUUGGAUUGGGUAAGUUACCGAGAUUGAAAUGUUUCUUCUCUAGGAUGCAUACCACCCAAUGGCCAUCGUUGAAACAAAUGGAAGUUAUUGAAUGUCCCAAAGCACAGAUAUUUGGUGAGGUUCAAAUCUCAAACCAACAACCCUUGUUUUGCGUCAAUGAGGACACUUUCCCUGCUUUACAAGAAUUAACACUGAAGACGAGUGAUAUGAUAAAGGGGAUAUGUGAUGGACAACUCUCAUUGCAGUGUUUCCCAAACCUCAAACUUCUUAACCUCCAAUUCUUUCCUGAGACAUCCAUUACUCUUCCAUAUUCCUUCAUUCGCUCACUACCAAAGCUUCAGAAGCUUGUUAUAAACAAUGCUUUCAUUUCUGAAAUAGUCCGGUCUGAAGGACUCAGCCACAAGGAAAGACAUACAUCAGCAUUCUCUCAGUUAAAGGAAUUAAGCUUGUCUGAACUUCCAGAGUUGACAUUAAAGAUUUUGUCUGAAGGACUCAUCAACGAGGAAAGGCAGACAUCGGCAUGCUAUCAGUUAGAGGUGUUAAGGUUGUCUCAACUUCCAGAGCUAACAUUAAAGACUUUAGAGCCAUCUUUGUUGUAUUUCAAAAAUCUAUUAAGUAUGGAAGUUUCAAGAUUGCAUGGAUUCAUCAAUCUAAUAGCAUGCUCGACAGCAAAGAGCCUGACGCUACUAGAAAGCCUGAGCAUAGAUGAUUGUGAGAUGAUACAAGAAAUCAUAGCAUGUGAGGGUGAAGAAAUACAAGGCAACAUUGUUUUCCCCAAACUUAAGUAUUUGGAACUAAGUCGUCUGCCAAGUCUAGCAAGCUUUUCCUUGGCGCAUCACUUGUUGGAGUUCCCAGUCUUGCAAAUGGUGAAGGUGAAAAAGUGCCCCAAAAUGAAGAAUUUCUGUCAAGGAGAGUUAAGUACACCAAGGCUGGAACAAACGCACUUAACAGGAGAUGAGGACGGUGAACUGCAGUGGGAAGGCGAUCUUAACACUACCAUAAAACAUAUGUUCAAUGAAAUGAAUGUGCAAAAUUCUCAAGUGGUCGAGGUUACUGAUCAGUUGCUCCAAAUGGAAUAAGGAAAUAUGUUGGGUUGCGUGUGAGACAAGCUCAGUUUCAUUUCAAUUCAAACCAAAUGGUUGAGUUGCUCUAUUGGAGUAUGGGGGCGUCCACUUUCCUUUAUUCAGUUUUUUGAACUGCUGCAUUUCACAUUAUAACCUAAGUAUUCAUUUUGAAGUGCAUCAUGUUUGGCACUGGGAAUUACAAACAUGAAAACUUUUAGUAGUAAGGUUGACCCCAGUUUUAUGGAUGUAUUUCAGCCACAUUAUACUUUUUGCUGGUAUAAUUGAGAACUGCAGAAGUAAAACAAAUUUAUUAUAUUUUCAAUGUAUAACCUUAUGAUCUUUUUUGAGUAAGCAAAAGAAAUAAUUUAAGGAGACCACAUAUAUGUUGGGUGGCUAGUGCCUGAACCAAAUUUCUCUGCUAUUUGAUGAGAGCUGCAUAUAGAAGUAGAUUCCAUGUAUCGGGGAGACCGGCAAGGCACUAGUGGGUGCAAUUCAUGCCGUUGAAGUCAUUGUAAAUGCUAUGAUGUGUAUCUUUUCUUAAUUGAGAGAGCAUGGUAAUAUCAAGCUAAUGAACAAGCAGUUUCUUGA